AUGGGACUCCUGUGUUCUCCUCACUCGGAGCUGAGAGAUCUGGAGCUCAGAGACAACGAGCUGCAGGAUUCAGGAGUGAGAGCGCUCUCUGCUGGACUGGAGGACCCACACUCACUCACACACACACACACACACUCUCUCACACACAGCACACACACACUCUCUCACACACGCACACACAUACGCACUCACACACACACACACACACACACACACACACUCUCUCUCACACACGCACACACAUACACACUCACACACGCACACACUCACUUUCUGUUCUGCUGUUCCUACAGUGCAGAUUGUCGAGGAGAGCACAGGACCAAACCAGGGCCCAGGAAAUAUGGCUGUCAGCUCACACUGGAUCCAAACACAGCGAACAGAGAGCUGUCUCUGUCUGAGGGGAACAGGAAGGUGACACACACUCUGGGGAGAGAGGAGCAGCCUUAUCCUGAUUAUCCAGAGAGAUUUGAGCACCAGCCCCAGGUUGUGUGCAGAGAGUUUCUGUAUGAGCGCUGUUACUGGGAGGCUGAGUUCAGUGUGUCUGAGGAGGGGCAGGUGGAUAUAGCGGUGGCAUACGAAGGAAUCAGCCAGAAAAUAGGCUUUUCUGACUGUAGGCUCGGAUGGAAUAAAAACUCCUGGAGUCUGGAGUGCAACAAACGCAGAUACUCUGUCAGGCACAAUAAGACACAGAGACAGAUCCUGGCCCCCCCGUCCCCCUACCGCAGAGCAGGAGUGUGUGAUGAGGACGAUGGCACCAUUCGGGAAGUGUGUGUGUACAGGGUGGGAGUGUGUGUGGACCGUCCGGCCGGCACGCUGUCCUUCUACAGCAUCUCCAACUCUGACACACUGACCCUCCUGCACAGAUUCCAUGUACAGUUUACUCAACGCACACCCCUCUGUGCUGGAUUUUAUGUGUAUAAAUCCUCAGUGUCCCUCUGCCAACUGCAGUAGUCACACGCACACACACACACACGCACACUUACAUGCACACGUACACACACACACACACGCAGACAAUUGCCAUUUUUUCUUUGAACAAGGAUUCCUCUUUGGUUUUAUUUAUUCAUAAAAAAGAAUGCUAUUGGCAGAUUUAACUUCUGCCAAGAAGACCAAAGUCUUGGUUGAAACCUGCUCUGUACUCCGACUCGUCUUCAACCUUCCCAAGUUCUCCCACAUCACUCCUCUGCUGAGGUCACUCACACUGGCUACCGGUCGCUGCCAGGAUCAGAUCCUAAGUCCUGACCCUCACCUACACUGCAGCCAACAGGACGGCCCCCGUCUACUUACAGGACAUGAUUCAAGCAGCAGGGCGCCUUGCGCCCCCUCUCAUCUGGGAAAUGGGUUCUCGCUCAUCGCUAUCACAGAACUUCUCCACCCUAGCUCCCCAGCUGAAGGACAAUCCAAAGCUGGGAGGACAUUAUAAAAGCUCUGAUGGUUGUGAUUUUAUGGGGAUCAAUAUUCAUCCUAUGUGUGUUUUGCAGUGUGUUUAUACGUGUUUAGUUGAUACAUUUUUUUGGUUGAAUUCAUAUUUUUUUGUAAAAUCAGGCAAAGCUUAGGCAAAACAAAAUGUACGUCGCUCUGGAUAAGAACGUCUGCCAAAUGCCUGUAAUGUAAUGUAAAAUAAAAUGUUCUGUUCUAAAAUUCUUUUUGAAUCUGUGUCAUGUACUAUAAUAAAAAACAAAUGAUCA